AUGGAAACUAUGACAAUUCUUAUACUUAUUUCAUUAGCUGCUGCUAUUGUUCAAUCAGAACAUUAUGCCAAUCACAACGAUCGAUUGGCAAAAGAUUUCAUGAAUUUCGGCAAACGAGCGGUGCCAUCUAAGCGCAAUAUGAUCAAUUUAAAUAAAAGAAGUGACAGUGACAACGGCGCAUUUGACCGCGAGUUUCUCCAUUUCGGCAAACGAGCGGUCCCAUCUGAUCACAAUAUGAUCAAUUUAAAUAAAAGAAGUGACAGUGAUAAUGGCGCAUUUGACCGCGAGUUUCUCCAUUUCGGCAAACGAGCGGUCCCAUCUGAUCACAAUAUGAUCAAUUUAAAUAAAAGAAGUGACAGUGACAACGGCGCAUUUGACCGCGAGUUUCUCCAUUUCGGCAAACGAGCGGUCCUAUCUGAUCACAAUAUGAUCAAUUUAAAUAAAAGAAGUGACAGUGACAAUGGCGCAUUUGACCGCGAGUUUCUCCAUUUCGGCAAACGAGCGGUCCCAUCUGAUCACAAUAUGAUCAAUUUAAAUAAAAGAAGUGACAAUGACAACGGCGCAUUUGACCGCGAGUUUCUCCAUUUCGGCAAACGAGCGGUCCCAUCUGAUCACAAUAUGAUCAAUUUAAACAAAAGAAGUGACAGUGACAACGGCGCAUUUGACCGCGAGUUUCUCCAUUUCGGCAAACGAGCGGUCCCAUCUGAUCACAAUAUGAUCAAUUUAAACAAAAGAAGUGACAGUGACAACGGCGCAUUUGACCGCGAGUUUCUCCAUUUCGGCUAA